AUGGCGCCAAAGGCGGAGAAGAAGCCAGCGACGGCGGAGAAGAAGCCGCCGCGGCCGGAGAAGAGCGCGGUGAAGGAGGCCGGCGGCGAGUCGGGGAAGAAGAAAAAGAAGGUGAAGAAGAGCACGGAGACGUAUAAGAUCUACAUAUUCAAGGUGCUGAAGCAGGUGCACCCGGACAUCGGCAUCUCUAGCAAGGCCAUGGGGAUCAUGAACAGCUUCAUCAACGAUAUCUUCGAGAAGCUCGCCAUGGAGUCGUCGCGCCUCGCCCGCUACAACAAGAAGCCCACCAUCACCUCGCGCGAGAUCCAGACCGCCGUCAGGCUCGUCCUCCCCGGCGAGCUCGCCAAACACGCCGUCUCCGAGGGCACCAAGGCCGUCACCAAAUUCACUAGCUCCUAAUUUUUACUCCUCUCUUCAUUUCAUAUAUACGAUUCUGGAUUUCCGAAAAAGGAAAUACAACGGUCCAUGACAUUUCUAAUAAAAUUCAUUUUAGUUUACCUGGAA